AUGUACUCUAUCAAUCGAGGCGUCAAAAAGCAAACUGACUGGCAACGAUCGACGUGUGAUCCGAAAUGGGAAGCGUCGUUAGAGUUUCCAUUAAAUGGUUUACCAGUACGCAAUGCAGAUGUUUUACAAGUACACUUAUAUGACUUUGAAACGAUAGGAGCUGAUAAAUUAAUUGGACAAGCAUCAGUACCAUUAAUUGAAGUUAUUCGAAAUGGCACAGUAAAACGACGCCUAAUUCAACUAUCGAAUCCACAAGGUGUUUUACUUGAAGGGACAAAAUUAUAUAUAUCACUGGAUUAUGCACCGCCGCCAACAACUGAUGUACCAGUAGUACAACAACGAUCAGAUGAGCCAAGUAAUCGUGAACUACCUGCAAAUCGCAUGGAACCAGGUUUGACUGACUUCGCUGGUGAUGUUCAGAAUGAUAAUCCACCUAUUGACAAAGAAACUGUACGAAUGAAUAAAUUUCGAUCAAAUAAAAGUCGAGAUUUUCAACUUAGAGUAAAAGUUUUUCAAGCACGUCAAUUAGAUGGAAGUAAUUUAUAUCCUGUUUGUCGUGUACGUGCUGUUGGACAUACUAGGCAGACAAAAAUUUGUAAAGGAACAAAUGAACCACAAUUUAAUGAAGUUUUCUUUUUCAAUUUUAAUAUGACUGAAGCGGAGAUGUAUGACGAAAUUAUUGAAUUUGAGGUAAGAAAUAGAACGAUAAGCUCUUUGUAUGUUUCUUGUUAGUACAGAUGCAAAAUUGACCAAGAGAUAAAGCAUGUUCUUCUAUAUAUUUUCUGAAAAACUCCGUUUUUUAUCAAUUUAUAAUCCUGUUGGAAUUUUAUCCGAUUGAGCUAGAAGUUUUAACAUAGAUACCUGAAACAAUAUCUCAGAAUCAGAAGUCACUUUCCGUUUUAGACUCUUACUUUCUGAGUUAUUGGAUAUUCAAAAUAAGAAGUAUAAGAUCAUUUUUCUUUUAUCUCUACAAUGAUCUGAACGAAAAACAAUUGGUUUUCUGAGAAAUCAUUGUAGAUAUCUGUUACUGGUAAAAUUUGAAUUCAGGCAAAUUUAGAAUGUUACUAGGCAAAAAUAGAAUAUUAAGUUUGCUCAAAAAUCGAAAUGUCUACACAGGUUGAUUCUAAGUUUGCCUAGGUAAAAUUUGAGAGUCGACUAGACCAGCUUAAAAUUAUCCAAUAAACCAUGAAUGUGGUGAUUAACCGAUGUUUAAGCGCCUCUGUCGUUUGAACGACCACUCACACAACCAUAAACAUACAUUCUGACACAAUUUUAAACUGUUUCGAACUCAGUCGCUUUCUUCAACUCUGGUUGCAAUUGUUCGAGAUGAUCAGUUUAAAUGUCGGUUCACGAGAUUUAUUGAUAUUUAUUAAUCCCCCCUCCCACCCGAACUGGAAGGAUCUUCUGUUGUGUCCCAGCGGACCAAGCUAUUUAGGAUGGCCUUCUGUUAGGACUGGCUUUGUAAACCGACCUUCUAAGGCAAAUUUUCUAAAUUCCCUGCGGUGAAAAUUCUAAGUACCAAGAUUAAAAACAUGCAUAAUUUCACAGUUUCUAGAAGUCAAAUGCUGAAAAGUUUUCGAAAAAAGUAGGCCGAUCGUAUUAGGAGGCCAUGGUCUCCUAAUAUGGAUUUUAUAAAAUUGUCUCAGAGGUGGUAAUCUAUUCUGGGGGGGGGGGGGGGUUUUUAAAACAUUUCACAAUUUACAAAAAAUUAAAAUAUACGACCAA